AUGAGAGCAGAGACCCGCUCCAGACGCAACAGGAUUCUUGUCAGAAUGUACCAAGAGUCGGCAGAUGAGACUGAUCCGGGCGAGUCGGUGGUCAAAGGAGCCCAUGCGUCGGCAUCACGGGAGAUCCCAAAGACAGGUAUCCGACGUUCUCAUGCGCUAUCAGAUUCGGAGGCGAAGAAUGCGGGAGUUUGUCGGGACCAGAUGGUAGGACGGCGUCGCUGGUCUGGCGGCUGCGAGUGCCGACGACGCAGCGAUCACACUGACCUUCCAAGAGGCUGGUCAUGCACGGGGGACAGCAUCGUCGCUAACACAGUCAUUGAGCGCGUCGGACAAGACCUGAAGGAUGGCUCGGAGUGCGAUGAAAUGAAAGAACGCACAGCGCUGCGUCUAUUCCUUCGAGACCCCCGAUUGACGGUCCCAUUGCAACAGCAACACCACUGCGAUUGGCCGGGAGUCAAGUGCGAACAACUUGAUGGGGGCAGCUGCCGAUAUGUUGUCGCGUUGUUUUCCACCAACCCUGGUUCUGAGCUGAAUGUCUUGAGUCAGCUGCGGCGGUUGAGGCAGUUGAGCAUCGUAGGCAACGUUACAGGGACCCUCAAAUCGCUCAGUAACAUGACGGCUCUGCAAGACUUAACCCUCGAGAGCUCCGAAGUCACCGGCGAUUUGGUUGCUCUCCGGGCAGCCACAGACCUGAGACAGCUAAUCCUUUACAGCCCCAAAAUCACGGGCAACUUGGCCAACCUCAAAAAGAUGGAGAAAAUGGAGAAUCUACAACUCCAAGGCAACGUUUAUGGCGAUCUUCACCACUUGAGGGAUAUGUUCAAAAUGAAUGUUCUGACCCUGCAUGGCACUGCGGUUCAAGGCAGCCUUCAACAACUAAGAAAGUUGAGGAGGCUUACUGAGCUGCUCGUACACAGUACGAGAGUCGUUGGCAGUCUGGAACAGCUGGAAGACAUGACGAACAUGGAAACCCUGAUGCUCUAUGGCACUGAAGUCACGGGCAACUUGGAACACCUCAAGGACGCGAAACGCAUGAGACAUCUGGUCCUUGACGGCACCAGGGUCACCGGCAACUUGGAAGAUCUGAGUGGCAUGUCGAAGAUGAAGAAUCUGCAACUACGGGGCAGCGCGGUGGAGGGCAGCCUUAAACACCUGAAGGAUAUGACGAAGAUGCAUAUUCUGACCCUCCACGGCACUGCAGUCACGGGCAGCCUGGAACAGCUGGAAGACAUGACGAACAUGGAACAGCUGAUGCUCUAUGGCACUGCAGUCACAGGCAGCUUGGAACACCUCAAGAAGGCCAAAAGCAUGAGACAGCUAAUCCUCUACAGCAGUGCUGUCACGGGCAGUUUGGAAAGCCUGCGUGGCAUGCAGUCUAUGCAGCAGCUUGUUGUUUCUGGCGCAGAUGUCAAAGGCAGUCUAGCUGACCUCAUUUCCAUGCGCGGGCUGCAUGUGCUGUGCUUGCACGGCAACGGCAUCACGGGAAGCCCCGCUGGUGUGAUCCCCAGUAUGCCGGUGCUCCGUUACCUCGAUCUUCAGAACACACAGGUUCACCAACGCAUCCCGCAGGGAUUCGAGCAACAUGGGCAACUGUAUUUCUACAGCAUCCAGGCCUUGGCAGAGGUGCGGUCCAAAGUCUACGUCAUCAAUGGGGAUGACGGGCUGGUGUACCGGAACGCAGAUGAUUUGCUUGGACUUAACAUGGGACCUUGGGAGGUGGCGGGUCCGUGCUGUAUGGUCGAGCUUGCAAUUGCAGGUCCCACGAUCUAUGGAUUCGGCAUGGACAACAGGGUCUGGAAGCAAAGCUUGAUCAUCAUGUCGCUAGAUACUUCCUGGGAGCUGGCAUCGGGUGGGAACGUCACCUCUGGCGCCAUCCACUCUGAUGUGUUCUACGCAGUGGACACAGAGGGCAAGCUCUGCAAGCAAGAGGUGAUGAAGAUGACCCCCACGAGCUCUUGGGAGGCGACAGGGGCCGCCACGUCCUGGGCGAACAUCCAGCUGAAAGCAAUUACGUUCCUGAGUGAAUUCAUGUUCGGACUGGGGAGAGAUGGUGCCGUCUACAAGCAGCUGUUGCUCAGAAAUGAAGAGUCUCCAACUUCGCCGAUGCUGCUGAGCCAAAUUUCGUGGAGUGUGGAGAGUAUGGCGGCCGCCGGGGGCAAUCUCUAUGUAGCUGGGGGGGAUGGCAUCUGGACAUUGCGGCUCGCCUCAAGCAAUGGUUGGAUCGAGGGAAACAAAUGGAAACAAGUCGACACUGUCACGUUGGCGGCGAUUGCAAUCCCUGACCUUCAGGCGUGCCACCGCCCGAGCGGAUGGUGCGUCCCAGGACAGCAGUUCAGGGACUCUGAGGAUUGUGAUGCAGAUAAUGUUGCAGAUCUUGUUUGCGAUGGCGACGGUAGGCGAAUUCUACACAGCCGCGACUGCUCGGACCGGACGUAUGACGAUGGCCGAGCUCCACCCUGCAAAGAGCUGAAAGGCCGAUUCCUGAAGUUCAUGGACUUGGAAAUCCGCAAGCUCCAACCCUUCUAUGCCAAGCCGUCGCUCUCAACUCCAUGUUCGUUUUGGAACGCAUCUGUAACAAGUGGGGGCCUACUAUGUUUCUGCGAGAACGGGCUUAGUCAAGCUUGCUUUGCAUUGCCAAGACGCUUAGAGCGCCAACUCUUUGAUCCCCAAGAGCCUCCAACUGGUGCGCAGCUUUGGUCACAAGACUGCAAGUGUCGCACCUCAUCGACCGAUGUCUCCUCAGGGAACGAGGUGUCUCAUGGCAUACCGGCAGUCGAAUUUUGCUCCAAGCUCUUUGAUGAUGCGCAGCACCAGAUCCGACGUGCACGAAACGCACACAGCAAGUUUGGCAAUGGACAGUUAUCGCACGAAGUGAAGCAGGAUUUAAAUGUGGGACUCUGUGAUCAAGCCUUGCAGGACAAGGCCAAGAUGAAUAUCAUCCUUGGGGCCAGCAGCUCUGUGCGCUACGUUUGCCAGGAUGAGUGUGACAAACUCGUGCUGGCCGUUGCUCGCUUUGCAGAUCUCAUUGUACAAGCAGGGCGAUGGAAAUGGCGAGCAAGCAAUGCUUCCUACUCAACGCUAUGCUCCAUGCUCGUAGUAGAGAGGGUGGAGUCUCACCUGUUGGCUUGUUGCGCCGACACCUGUGGUUGGAACGGGCAGUUUUGCAGGCUGUGGGAAUUCCUCACUGUCGAGGAGCAGAUGCACUGGAAGGCAGAGUGCUGUGCAGAGAAAACGAUUGUUUCCGGAUCAGAGCGGGAACGGAUGUGCACAAGCAUGCUUCCUCCACAAGGCAGGACAGACUUUAUCGCAACAGAUCUACAACCGGCUGAUGCCGGGCAGUCCACUUCGGUGGGACAGGAUAGAUUGGUUUGGCUUGAACGCGGAGCAGAAUCAAGACUUGGGCAUAUUGCUUGGGCAAGAAACGGUGCUGUGGUCUCUGCAGACUUCCUGCGCCAGCAGCCGCUCACAGUGGAAGAAGGAAUCCUGAUGCAGUACUGGCAAUAUCAGGCCGUGACAAACCAGACGGCGGCGGAAGAGAUCCAACCUUCAAAGCCCAGGCCCGGCAAGAGUUUCCUUCAAAAGCUGGCGGCGACAUUGGUGGAGAACAGGUCUUCUCAGCCCGAGCAGCUCGCCUUCUUGGCCGGCUGCCCACAACAAUUCCGGAGCGCCCGCUUACAAGCCUCUGAGAGGGCUCGAGGCUGGUUGGCCUUCAGCCGGGCGAUCCCAUCGAGUUGCAGGACGGAGGCUCUCCAAGCCUCGAGCCCAUCAAGCUGCGCAGCACAGAUGCAGAAGAACCUAACCGGAGUGUUUUUCGAAUCUGGAACCGGGCGCUUCAAGUGCCACAGCUUGUGGGACUGCGACGGGCAUGCGCUGAACAUGAUAAAAGAAAGCAGCGAGAGACUCGACAAGGCUACUAAGGACAUGAAUCCAGGUGGGGAAAGCCUAAAGUACCUGAAGCUGACAUUGAGCGGCUGA